UCAAGCAGUUUCUGCUGGGAGAAUGAACCCAGCCACGUCCUUCAGAUGCACCUCUACGGGUCCUGACUUACAUUGGAGAUAUCUCACAGAACACGAUCCAAAGUACAAAGGGAAGAAGAAACUAAAGAUUUCAGGCAGAGAUCUGGCAUCAGUCCCUACGCAGGUCUUUGGCCUGGACCAGCUGCAGGCCCUGGAGAUGAGCCCAGAACGAGAGAGCUGCCUGAGGUACCGCAUGGAGCUGCUGCCCCGCGAGAUCAGCCGCUUGAAGAACCUUACCCUCCUCUACAUGGACUCCAAUAACCUGAAGAAAAUCCCUGCCGAAAUCGGCACCUUGAGGCACUUGGAGAGGCUGACACUGAGCAACAACCACCUGAACACCCUACCCCCAGAGAUGGGGGCCCUGCAGCGGCUGCACAGCCUCCACCUGGCCAACAACAGCCUCACCCAUCUGCCCGCAGCCCUCUGCCAGCUGAGGAGCCUCACCUUCCUGGACCUGAGCGACAACAAAAUACGCACCAUCCCCUCCAGCAUCCGGCAGCUGGAGAAACUGGAAACGUUGCUGCUGCUUUUCAACUCACUGGAAAACCUGCCUGAGGAUGUCUGUCUUUUAAGGAAUCUACGCACGCUUUGGCUGGGAAACAACCAUCUGCGAUCCCUUCCACCACGAUUUGGGGAGCUGGUCAACCUGGACUGGGGAUACAACUACUGUUCCUGCAAUUUUGAAGGGAAUCCACUAGAAAGUCCUCCCCCUGAAGUCUGUAGUGGAGGUUCCGAGGAGAUCAGAGACUAUUUCUUGUCGUUUCAUAGAGUACUGGCAGAAUAG